AUGACCGUCGCCGCCGCCGCAUGGCCGGUCUGCACCAUCUGCUACGAGGACCUCCGCCCGCUCUCCGACCAGCACCUCCACUGCCUCCCCGCCUGCGGCCACGUCUUCCACGCCCUCUGCCUGGAGCAAUGGCUGGAGUACUGCCCCGGCGGCAAGAAGAAGCGCACCUGCCCCGUCUGCAAGCAGUGCUGUGGCGCCGCGCACCCGCCGACCCGCCUCUACUUCAGCUCCACCGGCACGUGCCCGACCCAGGCCUGCUCCUCCCCGGGAAACGCCUCCGGGGGCGCCGACCCGGAGGUGCUCGCUGCCGAGGUCGCCCGGCUGGAGCAGAAGGCGGCGUCCCUCGGCAAGGUGGUCGAGGAGCAGCGCGAGAGCAUCGACGAUCUCAAGUCCCAGGCUGCCGUGUUUAGGGAGCAGAUGGAGGCGGGAAGCUUUUUGCUGCAAGCCGCGAAGAAGGAAAAAGAAUAUCUCCAGAUGCUGCUCAAUGCGAGAACGGAGGAGUUGUCGAGGAAGACAUCAGAGUGUGGGAGAUUGCAGGAGAAGAGCCUUGCAUUAGCCAAAGAGCUUGCAGCGCUGAAGCUGUCGGCAGACAUGAACCUUCAAGAGGAAGAAAUCCUGAAGUUGGCUUCACUUGGUAACCAUGGAAACCUGCAGAAUGCUGUUGAUGUUUUGAAGAGAUCGCUUGCUAUUCGGAACAAGAGCUACAAGGAAUUGAUGGUCCAAUGUAAUGUUUUGGGAAGAUCGGAGUCUCGCAUGCAGCAGAAGCUUGAGAAGGCCAAAGAGUUUAUAAAGAAGUUAAGGGCAAGGGUACAGGAACUUGAGAAGGAAUUAGAGGAUAAAGAAAAUGGUUUGUUAAGGGACUUGAGGUCUUCAAAGAAAUUUAAAUCAGACCAUAUAAAAUCUGGGAAUGUCACAGCCAAUAAUGCUUUCACUAGUUCAAGUCCUGGAUAUGAAAAUCAAACAAACAAGCUCGAUGAAGUGAUGCAGGAUCCGUGCAACGACAAGACUCACUUUGACCGGUUAAAACCUGAAGCUAAGAGCGAUCUGAAUGCCAGAGAAAACCUGCACAACAAGAACGCAGAUGUGAUAGACCUAGAAGCCAAUGAUUCUGGUUUUGGAGAUGAACAGAAGGCUCAAUUUUCUGCCAAGCCAUUUGGGACUGAUGAUAGCACAUUGAAUUCCGAAAACAAGUCUAGUCUUUGUCAAAAUGAUGACCAACAGUCCAAGGCAUUUGAAUGCACAACCACACAUGUAGCACAAGGAGGACCCUUCCUCAAACACAGAAAAGCAACUGUAAAAUCAACGUUCAUGGCGAACAUUAGGACCAAACUGCAUAUUCCUCAGGAGAGUCUUUCAGUGAGAACUAAUGUGACAAGUUCAACACGGGAGAGUGAAACACUGACAAUUGAUGGCAUCUCCAAACAAGCAACUAGGUUAGCAUCUGGCACUGGACCUCAGCAGAUUCACAACAUCAAUUCUCUUUCUGAUGAUUUCCAAGCACCAGGAAUUCUUGGCAUGGAUGGAGCAAGAAAAAGCAUUGGCAAAUGGUGCAAGGGCUCAACAGCUCCCGGUUCUGCAAGUGGAAACAGAGGCAACCUGAUCGCUGUGGGACCGGAUGGUCGAGGAGGGAAGGUCAAAAUCCUGAGGGACCUUGGCCAAUCCCAGGAUAGCAAGUCUCAAGCGUUGUGGCCAAAGGCACCGAAGGUUGGAGGCAAAGGUGGCCAAUCUCAGAUCCAUCACUUCUUUGGCAAGAGAUGA